ACAUAGUAAAUAUAAAUGAAUUAACUCACACAACCUACUUACAAACAAAACUAGAAUAAACAACAACUUGUAGGAACCACCUCUAGUUGAUUUCAUCACUUAACAGGGGCAAGAUCUUAGGUGGGUCACUUUGUUUAAGGAUGACUUGAAAUUUUACAGUACUACCUUAGAUCCCACAUAUGAAAACUCUUCAAGAAUUUUUUAUCAACUAGAAGUUGAGGAAAAUACAGUGAGAAAUAAGAUGAAAUGGCUUCUUACACAUAUGAAGGCCCAGAUCAUGCCUAAAUUCCUAAUGAUUUAACUUAAGAAGCUCCUUGUCCUGAGAGAUUCCUUUAACCCACAACACUACUCAGAUGGCACAGAGAAUCUCAGGACACUACCCAAGCCACAGGAUAAAAACACAACCUGUCUUCUAUCUGGCACUAACAGACUAAUAUCUAGCUAUACACGGGACUGACUUUAAAGUUGGUUAACGAGUAUUUCAAUCCAUUAAAAUAAAACUUAGAAAUUACAUGCUUAGUCUACACAAGUUUAACUUACUUUAGUCACUUAGUGAACUGUGAAUUGGCUCCCAUUAGUGGUCAGAAUGCUUUGUAUUUGGUGUAGAAACCAAAUAAAUCAAGCUAUUAUUACCUUGUGAGUACAAACAACGUUUAUUUGUUUGUAAAGUGCCAGUUUUAUAUUUAAGUAAACAUUAAAAUGUGCGUUGAAGCAGUGAGGCUGCAUCUUUCAAUUGCCUGUGCUGGUUAAAAGACUGUUUAAUCCUGCUGUGCCAAGCUCACUAAAGGGUCACCCCUCACUUUAAAGUCAAGACUGCCAUUGUCACUGCUAUGAUAAGUCACAGCCAGCCAGGCCUGCUGGCAAAAGGUGAUACUACCAGCACUAUAAAUAAACAGGACUGGUUGUGAGGUGCUUCGCGUCCCAGCCAUCCUGUUCUGCUCUGUUGCUGUACUUCGCUGCGCCGCCACUAUGCUCUCCGUCCGCAUCCCGCUCGCGCCCAUCACGAACCCGCAGCAGCUGCAGCUCUCGCCGCUGAAGGGGCUAAGCCUGGUCGACAAGGAGAACACGCCGCCAGCCCUGAGCGGGACCCGCGUCCUGGCCAGCAAGACCGCGAGGAGGAUCUUCCAGGAGCCCGCGGAGCCGAAAACUAAAGCAGCUGCCCCCGGCGUGGAGGAUGAACCGCUGCUGAGAGAAAACCCCCGCCGCUUUGUCAUCUUCCCCAUCGAGUACCAUGAUAUCUGGCAGAUGUAUAAGAAGGCGGAGGCUUCCUUCUGGACCACCGAGGAGGUGGACCUGUCCAAGGACAUUCAGCACUGGGAAUCCCUGAAGCCCGAGGAGAGAUAUUUUAUAUCCCAUGUUCUGGCUUUCUUUGCAGCAAGCGAUGGCAUAGUAAAUGAAAACUUGGUGGAGCGAUUUAGCCAAGAAGUCCAGAUUACAGAAGCCCGCUGUUUCUAUGGCUUCCAAAUUGCCAUGGAAAACAUACAUUCUGAAAUGUAUAGUCUUCUUAUUGACACUUACAUAAAAGAUCCCAAAGAAAGGGAAUUUCUCUUCAAUGCCAUUGAAACGAUGCCUUGUGUCAAGAAGAAGGCAGAUUGGGCCUUGCGCUGGAUUGGGGACAAAGAGGCUACCUAUGGUGAACGUGUCGUAGCCUUUGCUGCAGUGGAAGGCAUCUUCUUUUCCGGUUCUUUUGCAUCGAUAUUCUGGCUCAAGAAACGAGGACUGAUGCCUGGCCUCACAUUUUCCAAUGAACUUAUCAGCAGAGAUGAGGGUUUACACUGUGAUUUUGCUUGCCUGAUGUUCAAACACCUGGUACACAAACCAUCAGAGGAGAGAGUAAGAGAAAUAAUUAUCAAUGCUGUUCGGAUAGAACAGGAGUUCCUCACUGAGGCCUUGCCUGUGAAGCUCAUUGGGAUGAAUUGCACUCUAAUGAAGCAAUACAUUGAGUUUGUGGCAGACAGACUUAUGCUGGAACUGGGUUUUAGCAAGGUUUUCAGAGUAGAGAACCCAUUUGACUUUAUGGAGAAUAUUUCACUGGAAGGAAAGACUAACUUCUUUGAGAAGAGAGUAGGCGAGUAUCAGAGGAUGGGAGUGAUGUCAAGUCCAACAGAGAAUUCUUUUACCUUGGAUGCUGACUUCUAAAUGAACUGAAGAUAUGCCCUUAUUUUGCUGAUUUUUUUUUCCAUCUCAUAAAGAAAAUCAGCUGAAGUGUUACCAACUAGCCACACCGUGAAUUGUCCAUAAUGUUCAUUAACAGCAUCUUUAAAACUGUGUAGCUACCUCA